ACCCCAGCCUUGUUCUCCUCCUCAGCCUACUUAUUGGAUCGGCUUCUCCAUUGCUUCCCCUACCUUUUUUACACAGCUUAUAUCCCAUAUAUAAACCAUUCCCACUAGAAUCGCAUUGCUUGAAUAGCAGACGAUACACCGUUGACUUGCAAUUAGCAAUUGGCACCAUAAGUCAGUCAUGUCUCUCAAGCGCAAAGCCUCAUUCCCGAGCCUCGAAUCACAACAUGCCGCCUCGAAUUUCGCGAGGGGAACAUGGCAGAUGAAGGAGACUCCCCAGCAUCUAAACAGCCGAACACGAAAGCGUUUCAGGAACGACCGCCCAGAGGAGAAAGUUGUCUAUGAAAACACGCUUCGCUGGCUUUUCACAGCCCAACAGCAGCAGAGUUCGGCCUCCCUGGCCUCCCUCGCAGAUGGGGACGAACAAAUGGAACACGAACCCACCUUAUCCCCUGAGACCGUCGACCCGCGCCAGCAGACGUUGCUCAAGUUCUUCCGUCCCUCCCAGUCAUCCUCCAACAAACCACUUCACAACAGUGCCAUGCCGAAGACGAGCGAUGCCUCGUUCGUCAACGCAGCACCUGUCCACCUUCUCAACAUGCACACAUCUUCCCCAGGGGAGUCAAUGGGUAGCAGCACAUUCGGCUCUGCUUCGGAGACUACGUCCACUGAUAUGGAUGUGGAUAUGGACUCGGCUAGCGAAGAGUCGAACUACCCUUCCAGGGGAUCGGCUGGAGGGCUCGCCUGGAUGGGCCAUCCUAGGUUCUGAACGUCAAACGAAGCAUUCAAUUUUCGAUUCCUUUUCGGCAAUUAUGAUUUCAGCGAUGAUACCAAUUCUAUUCUGUUCCAUUCGGGUACAUUGCCGGCUGUUGCUGGUCACGCCGGUUUUAUCCCGACCCCGAGUUGAUGUGUCUUGCCUCCAUCGACGACUAAAUGACGUCACUCAUUGUAUAAAUGCAGUUUCGGUACUUGGAGCUAUCUCAAUGCUCAUAAGUAAUCGGAACACCCUCGGCUCUGCCAGUAUGAACGGCAGGGCUUGGAAGGUCGAGACAGUCGAGGCUUCGGGCGCAGCCUACCACCUUCGCGUAAGACCGUGUGGUAAUUAUAGAUCGAAGCAUUUGC